AUCUUCCACGACGUUGCCUACAAGGCGAAGGACCGGACGGACCUGCUGUCGGGGAUCGAUGAGUUCCUGGAUCAGGUGACCGUCCUCCCGCCGGGGGAAUGGGACCCCAGCAUCCGCAUCGAGCCCCCGAAGAGCGUCCCCUCCCAGGAGAAGAGGAAGUUGCCGUCGGCGCAGAAUGGCUCCGCCCACAACUGUGACAUCAUCAAGGAGUCGGAGCAUCAGGCGGGGCCAGAGCUGCAGAGGACGGGCCGGGUUUUCGGGGGUUUGGUGAACGACGUCCGCAGGAAGAUCCCGUUCCUGUGGAGCGACGUGCGGGACGCCGUCAGCCUGCAGUGUGUCGCCUCCGUCCUCUUCCUGUACUGCGCCUGCAUGUCUCCCGUCAUCGCCUUCGGGGGGCUGCUGGGGGAGGCCACCAAGGGGAACAUC